AAACAAAACAAAAAAAAAAAACCAGAAGCAUAAAGAAACCACGCGUGGAGGCCCCUCCCUUUCUCCCCGCCUUCCUGCAGGCGGCUACCAGGGAAGGGGAGGAGCUCUCGCUAGCUCACAAGCCACUGUCGCCACGGCAACACGACCAUACUGGGCUCAACGGAUUGCGAGGCCUGGAGCUGUGACCGUGGAGGCCUCGUGGGCAGAACCGACAGCAUGGACAGCCUCUUUGUGGAGGAGGUGGCCGCCUCCCUGGUCAGGGAGUUCCUCAGCAGAAAGGGCCUGAAGAAGACAUGUGUGACCAUGGACCAGGAGCGCCCUCGCUCUGACCUCAGCAUAAACAGCAGAAAUGAUCUCCGAAAGGUUUUGCACCUUGAGCUUCUCUACAGGGAGAACAAGGCAAAAGAAAAUCCUCUAAAAACAAGCCUUGAACUCAUUACUAGAUUCUUUUUGGAUUACUCUGGAAAUGUGGAUAAAAAUUUAAACCAAGAAACUCCAAUCCUUGCACUCUCAAUUCCAAAGAAAAAUAACAAAUUGCCGGUGAGAUGCUCAGAGACCACGCUGGUGAAUAUAUAUGACCUUUCAGAUGAAGACACAGGAUGGAGAACACCACUAGCAGAAACAAGCAAGGCCAGACAAGACAGUCUUGAUGGAGAUAUAGCUAGUAAUUUGUCACGCAAAAGGCCCCCGCACAAGAGCAAGCCUGGGCACAUGGUACCAGAUGAAAGCACCCCUUUGACAUCAGCAUGGGAGAAGAUGGACAAGCUUCACUUGCUGGAUCCUUGUACUGAUGUGAAGAAGGCAGGAGAGAAGGCCAGGCCCAAGUCUGGCCUGAUUUUCCGAGGCAUGAUGGCUGGACCCAUGGCCAGUUCCUCACAGGACUCUUUCCGUAAACGCUCUCUGAGACGGUCCCUGACCUCAAGCAGCAAGACUCAACCCCAGGAGGAGGAAAGCCCCAUGGUGCCUGACCUCUCUGGUGGCACCCCAGCAUGUUUAGCCCCAGAGGUGGACCCUACUUCCAGUAAUGGCUCCAUCUCCAGAAGCCUUCUGGGCCAGCUUAGCGAAUCAUCCAAGGAAAGGCAGAAAACCACCCCCAGCAGCCCUUCCCACCUGCCCAGCAAAGGGCUUCCCCCACGAGGCAGAGCACUACCCAGAGGUCUUUCAGGAGACGAGCCAGCAGUGGAUGGCCACACAGAGCUGGAGAGGAUGUCCCCGAAGUUGUACUUGCCUGGUGGGAAUCCCAGGGUAACCCAGGAGAGGCUGGAAAGAGCAUUCAAGCAUCGGGGCAGCCAGCCCUCACCUCUCAGGAAGAGUCAUUUGCCAGUGUCCAACAAGGUGGAUGAUGAGCUGGGUGCCCUGCAGCUCGAGGACGUGGAGGAUGAGUUAACAAGGGAAGACGUCAUCCUGGCCCCAGCCCCAUCAAUGCUCAAGCUGCACAUUGUGUCAAAGCCACUUGACCUCUCAACAGCCAAGGAAAUCAAGACCCUUCUGUUUGGUUCUACCUUUUGUUGCUUCAAUGAGGAAUGGAAGCUUCAGAGCUUUUCCUUUAGUGAUAUACCCACGUUAAGAUACGGCAUCGUGCAGAACAAGGGUGGUCCCUGUGGGGUGCUAGCGGCCGUCCAAGGCUGUGUGCUGCAGAAGCUCCUGUUUGGAGGCGAGAGUGGAGCCAACUGUGCUAUGCAGCUGCAGCCUUCAGAUGCCCUUCGCACCCGCUGCCUGGCCCUGGCCUUUGCAGACAUCCUGUGGCGGGCUGGGAGCCAAAAGCGAGCCGUGGUCACCCUGGCUUCUGGAACACAGCAGUUCAGUCCAACGGGGAAAUACAAAGCAGAUGGAGUCUUAGAAACACUUACACUCCACAGUGUGACGUGCUAUGAGGAGCUGGUGACUUUUCUCCAACAUACUGUGCAUCAGUUCCAAGUGGGCCCCUAUGGAUGCAUCCUGCUCACCCUGUCUGCCAUCCUGUCCAGGUCAUCAGAGCUUGUCCGCCAAGACUUUGACGUCCCCACCAGUCACCUGAUUGGAGCACAUGGAUACUGCACGCAGGAACUUGUCAAUCUUCUGCUGACUGGGAGAGCUGUAUCCAAUGUUUUCAACGACGUGAUGGAGCUGGAUUCUGGGGAUGGAAACAUCACACUCCUCCGAGGCAUUGCUGCCCGUAGUGACAUUGGAUUCUUAUCUCUCUUUGAGCACUACAAUGUGUGCCAGGUCGGCUGCUUCCUGAAGACCCCGAGGUUCCCCAUCUGGGUGGUGUGCAGCGAAAGCCAUUUCAGCAUCCUCUUCAGCCCACAGCCCCAGCUCCUGUCCAAUUGGAGGGCCGAGCGGCUCUUUGACCUGUACUACUACGACGGCCUGGCCAACCAGCAGGAGCAGAUCCGGCUGACAGUUGACACUACCCAGACCAUCCCUGAGGACAGCGGCAAGGACCUUGUCCCUCCUCUGGAGCUCUGCAUCAGGACCAAAAAUCUCUUUGCUCCUUGGAAGAGACCUGAAAUGGUGUGAAGUAGAGAAGAUACACAACAAGGGACGACACAGUGUUUACAGCUACCAGGAGUUCGGCUGUCACCAAUAGGAAGGCAAGUUGAAAGAUCAGACUGAGCGCGAAUGGAAGGGUGUCACUUCCAACCCCCAAAUCAGAGAUGCCACUUAAAGCCGUGCACAGAGCUGAAGAAAGAGAGUGGACACCUGAGAGAGGGAAGAAAAGAAAAAUCAGUGGGAAAUGUUAUCCCUUGGUACCUGCACAGCCUGUUUCCAGGUUCACCAAGGAUAGCAUACUCUGAGGAUGCUCAAGUCACUUCUAUAAAAUACUGUAGUGUAGUAUUUGCAUGGAACUACCCAGUCAUUUAUAUACUUUAAAUCGAUGAUGGUAAACUAUGGCACACAUGCCCUAGUGGGCCGUUUGUGUCAUGGACAGCUCCAAAAGGUUUGCCAUCACUGCCUUAAAUCACCUCUAGGGGACUUAAAAUACCUAAUACAGUGUCAGCAUUACAUAAGUAGUUGUAUUAUUUAAGGAAUAAUGAAAAAAGUCUGUACAUGAUCAGUACACACAUACUUUUUUCAUAUUUUUGAUUCAUGACUGGUUGGAUCUGUGGGUGCAGAACCCACAGAUGAAGGGCACCAACUGUUCUGGAACCAGUUGGCGCUCCUGGGCGUGCCGCUGGGAGAUAUAGUGGUGUUACUUUGGGACAACCUGUUUGAUCCUUUAUUGAAGUAUCUAGGGACACUAGACUUUCCCAGGCUGGUGAAUGAUUAAAGCGAGGAUAGCUUUCCUUUUGUAUUGCUCUAUGGCAGUUAGAAUUUUGACUUCAGUUCUGAAGAAAAACUUAAGGUUUUCAAAGUGAAUUGUAGGCUCCCUCCCCACGCCUUAGGGUUUGGAAACCAUUUAUAAAUCUGUCUCCAACUCUGCAUUGCUGCUAAGAUGUGCCACAUCUGUGUUCUAGUCCCAGUCUUAGUAGACACAUACAGAGUUUACCUAUUGCAAGAUUUCCAUAAAUUCUCUGUCUGCUGCCAGUGAUUCCUGUUUUACAAAAUCAGCACCAUGCAUUAAAAUCAAGGGUUAAGAAGUGUCAUAGUCUUAUCUACAGUAACUUUUAUGUUGGAAUGGAACUACUAUUUAGUUGUAUCUUGUCCUGGACUUUAAUUCUACUCAGUGCUUCUUAUGGCUUUAUAAAGUGGUUUUUAGAAACUCUGGCAUGCUCCUGUGGUGCUCAGAGCCCUUCACGGGCCCCUGUGGUCUUACAGAAAAACCCAGAAUCCUUGUGAUGUCCUGCUUGCCAGGGUCAUCUCUUCACAUCUUUCCUGGUUCCGGCCACUGGACCUUUUCCAGCACUUUGGACACCCCAGGGUAUCUACUUUCCUAGUCCUGCACAGGCAUCUCUAAAGAGCCACCAUCAGACGCCUCUGGAAAGCAGCUGGGCCAAAAUAAUGCCUGGACCACGCCCAGGAGCACAGGGCCCGGAGUGCCCGGCACAGGAUCAGCUGUGGCAUAGAUGGAUAAACCACCUGCCCACUGCCUCCUCCAUUGCUAUUGGAGGUCCUGGUGUAUCUGUUUUAUGAGGAUGUGUGGGUUGUUUGUACAUGUGGAGGAGAGAAGUGGAUAGGAUGGCAGUGGAAAGCCUUCCUCAUCUGAAAUGAGACUUCUGGUGAGCAUGGGGAAGGCAGUGUUUCUACCUGGCAGCUCUAACUCUCCUGUUGCU